AUGAACCUGGAGGGCAGCAGCCGAGGCGGCGAGUUCGGCAUGAGCUCCGUGAGCUGCGGCAACGGGAAGCUCCGCCAGUGGCUGAUCGACCAGAUCGACAGCGGCAAGUACCCGGGGCUAGUGUGGGAGAACGAGGAGAAGAGCAUCUUCCGCAUCCCCUGGAAGCACGCGGGCAAGCAGGACUACAACCGCGAGGAGGACGCCGCGCUCUUCAAGGCUUGGGCGCUAUUUAAAGGAAAGUUUCGGGAAGGCAUCGACAAGCCGGACCCUCCUACUUGGAAGACACGUCUGCGAUGCGCUCUGAACAAGAGCAACGACUUCGAGGAACUGGUGGAGCGCAGCCAGCUGGACAUCUCUGAGCCCUACAAGGUGUACAGGAUCGUGCCUGAGGGCGCCAAGAAAGGAGCGAAGCAGCUGACCCUGGAGGAGCCACAGGUGCCCAUGAGCCGCCCGUACAGCAUGCCGGCUCCUUACUGCUCACUCCCAGCCCAGCAGGCGCACACCUACAUGAUUCCGCCCCACGACCGAGGCUGGAGAGAGUUCGUCCCUGAUCAGCCCCACCCGGAGACUCCGUACCAGUGUCCUGUGACCUUCGGGCCUCGCAGCCACCACUGGCAAGGCCCAGCCUGUGAAAACGGUUGCCAGGUGACAGGAACCUUUUAUGCUUGUGCCCCGCCCGAGUCCCAGGCCCCCGGGAUCCCCAUAGAGCCAAGCAUAAGGUCUGCCGAAGCCUUGGCCCUCUCAGACUGCCGGCUCCACAUCUGCCUGUACUACCGGGAAGUCCUGGUGAAAGAGCUGACCACAUCCAGCCCCGAAGGCUGCCGGCUCUCCCACGCCCACACCUAUGACGCCAGCAGCCUGGACCAGGUCCUCUUUCCCUACCCGGAGGACAACGGCCAGAGGAAGAACAUCGAGAAGCUGCUGAGCCACCUGGAAAGGGGCGUGGUGCUCUGGAUGGCCCCCGACGGGCUUUACGCCAGGAGGCUGUGUCAGAGCAGGGUCUACUGGGACGGGCCCCUGGCGCUGUGCAGCGACCGGCCCAACAAGCUGGAGAGGGACCAGGCCUGCAAGCUCUUUGACACGCAGCAGUUCUUAUCAGAGCUCCAAGCCUUUGCUCACCAUGGCCGGCCUCUGCCAAGGUUCCAGGUGACGCUGUGCUUCGGGGAAGAGUUUCCAGAUCCCCAGAGGCAACGGAAGCUCAUCACUGCUCACGUCGAGCCUCUGCUGGCCAGGCAGCUGUAUUAUUUUGCUCAGCAAAACAGUGGACAUUUCCUGAGAGGCUACGACUUACCCGAGCACGUCAGCAGCCCCGAGGAUUUCCACAGGCCCAUCCGCCACUCCUCCAUCCAAGAGUGA